UUUACCCAACCUCGUCCUGAAUAGUGAUCUGGCCUUAGAUGUACAGAAUUUCAUUCAGUUUCACGCUUUUAUUCACCAUAGUAAAAGCAUUCUAGAUCUAGAUUAGAUCUAGAAAUCUAGAUUAGUUAGUUAUAGAUCUAGUAAUUUAAUGUGCUUGCUCUUUGAGUCUGAGUAACAAGUAACAGCUCAUUUUAAAUUGUCCCUCCUCAGAUGGUUAACCUAGAGUCUACUACUAGACUAACUAGACCUAUCGAGCUAGCUUGAUUGACUUGCACAUUGAUAGAAUCUAGAUUAGUAACCGAAUCUUGAAGUAGAAAUCUAGAUCUAGAUCAAGAUCUUAUAGACUAGCCACUGUUAAACAGCAAAUUCAGUAAAUGGUGUGUGUACAUCUCAAUAAACAAGAACACUUCAGUUGACUAGAUCUACAGCUCAGAUUCUAUUCAUUUAUGGAUGACACUACAAGGCUUUAGGCUAUAAAUUACAGCUGCCUGCUGUGUGAGGCUAUUUCAACACAUAUCAAUCAUGGAUAACAAAAGCAAGAAUCUUUUACAAAGUUCUUUGCUUGACAAUUUUACCAAAGACAGCAGUUUAUCUAGUGGAUUGGCGCUGACUUCAGGCUUGUUAAAUACACAUUCAUCAGUUUCAAAACUGAACGUUGGGUUGAAGUCUACAUCAUUGCUUUCUGCAAAUUUAAAAACAGAUUCUUCUCUUCUUUCAAGUCUAAGCAAUAAACUUUUGAGCACACAAGCCACAAGUAGCAGUGCUGGUGCCAAGCCAAGUUUAAAUAUAUCUCUGAGUACAAGUACCAAGCCAAGUACAUCACUCUCAGCUCUGUCUACAUUCAGCUCUCUGAAACCUACUCAAAGUUUAAAAGAUUCCACUUUGACAAGACCUCCUUUGUUGGAGUCUGGAUUAAGCAAGCUGACAUUGAAAACUGAGACAGAAUUAAGUUAUAAAUCCCUUUUAACCGGUGCAACAACAGUGAAAAGGGAUGUUCAAGUUGAAAGCUCCUCAUCUAAGGCCCCAAACCUUAAAAGAAAACUGGCCUCAAAGUCUUUACCAGAAAAAAAGAAGAUAGUGGAAAGUGAUACAGGAAUUUUGCUAAGUCAAGCAAUAAAGCAGUACUCAAUAGACCCACCUGAGUACUACAUUAAGUGUGAGACAGAUGACAGAUUUAUGGAAGUAGAAUAUUUGCCAAACUUUAUACCACCCUCAAACGAUGUAAAGCUAAAUCAGGGCGUUAAGACACCAUUAAAUAAAAUAAUUGAAUUUAAGCGCCAACUUAUCAAUAGUGUCAGCGGCUCACUCAUCAGGCAACCAAACUUUAAAAACACGUUUGACGACACCAGACUGGAAAUACAAAAAAGGGUUUCUGAAAUUGUUGAUUAUGACCCUGAAUUUAUUUUGAAGGUAGCCCUCUACUCUAGGAAGGAGUUAAACAUUCGCACAACUUCCAACUAUUUGCUAGCACUGGCUGCCAAUAUAAGUGCAUGUCGAUACUACCUCAAGAAAUAUUUCAAUGCCUCUAUUGCCCUCCCCUCUGACUGGAUAGAAGUGGCAGAAUUAUUUCAGACUUUAGAUAAAAGAAAUGUGGAACUAGGUUCCCUACCCGCUGCUCUGAGAAAAGCCAUGAUUGCUAAAUUUCCAGAGUUUGACAAGUAUCAGUUAGGCAAGUACAAUAAAGAAGGCUCAAUUAAAAAGAAGAGAGCUAAAGAUAAGAAGUUAAAAGAAGUUCCUAACUCCCCUGAAACAUCCGCCUUUAGCAUGAGAAACCUGGAUGACAAUCAUCCUAGUGAUGAUGAUUUUGACAGUUCGCCUGAAGAUUGUGGUGAUCAAGUCUUAAAAAAAAAACAACAAAAAUUUACAAUCAAGCAUCUGAUUAGGAAGCUGCAUAUUCGAGAACCUGUUGAACAUGUAAUGAGCAUUAUUGGAAAAAAGUAUCCAUCGACGAUAGAAGAAUUCUACAAGUCUCGUCUACCUGGAACUUGGGAAGAAGAAAAAGCAGGCAAAAGAAUGAAGUUACCUGUUCCAGAGACUUGGGAAACACAAGUUUCUCUUAAAGGAAACAAAGCUAAAACUUGGGAGGAUCUCAUUGACCAUAAGAAGCUCCCAUACAUGGCCAUGCUGAGGAACCUAAGGAACAUGAUUAAAGCGGGCAUCUCCCCCAAACAUCACAACAUUGUUCUCAAACGUCUAUGUGACCAGAAAUCUGUCAUCAAUAGCAAGCAGUUUCCAUUCCGGUUUUUCUCAGCCUAUAAAGUGCUGACAGACCUUGAAGAAAGUUUUGAAGAAAAUCAGAAUGCCAUCAUUGAGUCAGCAGAAAAUGCAGCUAACUUAGACAGCUCAACUACUGAAGUGUUAAGAAGAGCUAGAAUGAACAGGAAACAUGAAAGAGAUGUACCGGAAGUUGUUCAGAGAGGUAUUCCGAGACGUGGAAGAGGUGGCCCGAGACGUGGAAGAGGUGGCCCAAGAGGUAGCCCAGGAACUGGAAGAGGUGGACAGAAUAGUGGUCUAGGUGUAUUUAGAGGUGGUUUGGUGAAAAAAAAAACAGGAACAAGUCAAGAAAAGCUCCCUUGGUGGAUACUGAAGCAAAUGAAGAAAAAGUCCAAGAUAACCGAAGUACCUUAUGAUAAGAAUCUGAUUCAGCGUUAUCGCAAAUCCUUAGAUGAAGCAGUAAAAAUUGCAACAGUUCAUAAUGUGCAGCCUAUCAGGGGGCGAACUUUACUUCUGUGUGAAAUUGAGGAAGGUGAUGUCUGUCCCACUGCUAAGGGCUUAGGAGCACCAAGAUCAGUAGGGGAGAUCUCUGUACUGAUGGGGCUAAUGUGCAAAUAUUGCUGUGAAGAAUGUGAAAUGAUUGCAUUCUCCAGUUCUAGCUAUACCACUGUUGAACUUCAGCAAGGCACCAUUUUAGACAACAUGAAAAAUGUUUUUGAAACCAAACUGAAAAGUGGGAAUAGAUGGUAUAGUUCUUCAAUGCCUUCAGAUGUUCUACUGGAAAAAUUAAGAGACAGAGUUCAAGUAGACAACAUUUUAAUUUUUGGAGAAGACUUUGACCCAGGAACAGAUUCUUCUAGAGCUAUAUUCAUGAGGAACUUCCUCAACCACUACAGGCUUAUUGUAAAUCCUAAUGUACUAUAUGUAUCAGUGACUUUCGCAAGCCAUAGUGUUGGAUUCAUAGAUCCAGGAUUUCAAGUUCAUGUAAAUGAUGUUUACAUCAGUGGAUAUAGUGAUUCAAUUUUAAGAUUUAUUGCUGAGAGAGGAGCUGCAGGACAAGUAAACCAUGUGGACAAUAUAGACUUAGCAUUUCAGUUACGACCCAUAGCUAAGACCCAAACUGGACCAGUUAAAACCAAGCCACCAGUCCUUCACCCAGAGAGUACAUUGCAACUGACAUCCCCAGUACCAUGCUGGAGAACUGUUCGGGUCUUUAUAUCAUCCACUUUCCGUGACAUGCAUGGGGAACGUGAUUUGUUGACAAGAUUUGUCUUUCCUGAACUGAGAUCACUAGCAGAGAAGCACUUUAUUAAUGUUCAUGAAGUUGAUUUAAGAUGGGGUCUCUUAGAAGAAGACACUAAAGAUAACAGGACUUUAGAAAUUUGUCUGCAAGAGGUGUCACGCUGUCAUUUCUUUGUUGGAUUGCUUGGAGAGAGGUAUGGGUGGACCCCUAGCAGCUACCAAAUUCCUGACACCCAAGAGUUUGAUUGGGUGCGGCAUUACCCACCAGGAGCUUCAGUCACAGAGUUGGAGAUGCAUCUGGGAGCCAUCUCAAAAGUGAAAGAGGCAAGACACACAAGUUUCUUCUUCUUCAGGGAUGAUACAUUUGAAAAGGACAUACCGGCUGGUUUUGAGGCUGAAUUCAAGUCUGAGUCUGAAGUCCACAAAAAUAAAAUCACAGCUUUGAAGAAACGGAUCAGAAACAGUGGUUUAGAGGUGUAUGAUGGAUAUCCCUGCCACUGGGGUGGAUGUGUUGAUGGGAAACCAAUAGUUGCUGGACUAGACAUGUUUGGAGCAAGAGUUCUCAACAAUCUGAUUAAUGCAAUUAGUAAAAUGUUUCCCAAAGUUGAAGUUUUGACUGAAGAGGUUCAUAUUCAUAAUUUACAAUGGAGCUUCAUUGAAAAACUUAGCUCAGACUUUGUUGGUCGCAAAACACUGGUUUCUCAGAUAAUAUCCAAGAUCAAGUCCACAACACUCGGUUCUCUUGGUUUAGUUGGCAAACCUGGUAGUGGAAAAACUGCUCUUAUGGCUGCCACUAUAAUGCAGUAUGUGAAUGACAGAUCUGGUCAAUCCCCAAACACAAUGGGAGUCCUGGUCAACAUUGCUGGUUCAGCUCCUGGGUCAAACAGUCUAACUGCAACCCUGAGGAGGCUGGCCAUUCAGAUAAACACUCGGUUUGGGCUAGCGUGCACUUUACCAGGGGACUUUAAGAACCUGGUUUUGAAAUUUAAAGACUUGUUAGAAGAAGCUGGUAAACACUGCACAUCCAAGUUUGUUAUCUUUUUGGAUGGUGUUGACCAAAUGGAUGCUGCUAAUGAACCGUUUAGCUUGGAAUGGAUGCCCAAACCAAUGCCCGAGAAUGUGGUUAUUGUGAUCAAUGCCGUGGAGGGAGGGAAAACUCACAAAUCCAUGAAACGAUUAUGCUUCGAUGAAAUCAAUGUUGGAGGGUUGGAUAUGUGGGACAAGGCAGAUUUAGUACGCCAGACUUUAAGUAAACAUCGGAAGGUCUUGGAUGAAUCUGGAUUUGGAAAUCAAAUGAAAUUUCUAAUGUUGAAAAAAGAUGCCCACAAUCCACUCUACUUGAAACUGGCCUGUGAAGAGCUUCGGGUAUAUGGUGUCUUUGAGAAGAUAACAGAUAAAUUAAAGAGUUUGCCACACACCACAUCUCAAAUGUUACAGGAAGUGCUAGUUAGGCUGGAAGAGGAUCAUGGAAAAAAUUUGGUUUCCACUGCUCUGUGUCUUUUAGCCUGUGUGAGAGAAGGACUGUAUCCGGAGGAGCUGUAUGAACUGCUGAACUGGUGCAAAUGUUUUGACAGUGGAAAGUUUGAACUCAGCGACUUCUGUAACCAUAGUCUGGAUUUUUCUAACCUGAUACCGCCAUUGACCUUUACAUUCUUGAUCAGAUCAGUAAUGGGUUUCCUCAACCCUAGUUCUACAUGGGCUCCAGUUGUGGCUUUAACCAACCAUGAAAUUCGUGUUGCUGUUAGGACUAGAUAUCUGAAAAGGACAGACAAUGCUCUGGAGAUUUACCUGCAUAAAAUUUUAGCUGGAUAUUUUCUAAGGCAAGCAGAUCCUCGGAAAGAUAGUUCUUGGCAGAGUCAAAACACAAGAGCUUUUACAGAGCUGCCAUAUCAUCUGGCAUGUUGUGGGCAUUUCAAUGAACUAGAGACAGUUCUGUGCAACCACAAGUUUAUUCAAACCAAAUGUUCUCUGGGAUUGGCUGCUAAACUUAUGGAUGACUUCUCUCCCCAAGUAUCCUUCCCCAGCAAGAUUGUGGAGAAAAAUGUGGCAAAUUUUUUAGCACAGCCUCGAGUGGUGCAGUACAAAUCUUUUGUUUCAAGGAAUAUUGAGGUGUUUGUGAGUUAUCCAUCGUUAGAAUGGCAACAGGCCAUAAAUGAACCAUCAGACACUAUUCCUUACAAAGAUGUCAUAAAUAUGAGCCAUACUGCACCUCCACAUAUUGAAUGGCUUAACAAACCUGAGACAGCAAAUGAAUGCUACUUGACAUUGUCAAGUUUUAAACUUCCAGUCACAUGUGUAGCUGUUUCACCAAAUGGUAGCAAGUUUUCCACUGGCUCACAGGACCUGUCAGUUAGACUUUAUGACAUGAGCACGGGAAAUGAACUCUGCACUUUCCAUGGUCAUUCUGGAUACAUUAAUGAUGUUUGCUUUGUUGGGGAUAAAAUGCUCUGUAGUGCUUCAUCAGAUACCACUCUGUGUGUAUGGGAUGUUGAUAAUGGACACAGGAUCCAUACAUUAAAAGAACACCGUCGUCGAGUGAAUUCAUGUGCAGCAACUGCUGAUGGCAAAAUUAUAGCAUCUGGUGGAUGGGACUGUACUGUUUAUUUAUGGAAGGUUGCCAAUGCUGAGAAGAUGUGUCAUUUUAAUAUAGAGAGUCCUGUAAACAGUGUCCAGUUUCAUCCCUUAGAGGAGAAGAUUGUAGUAGGCAGUUGGGAUUCCCAAAUCCGCAUCUACAACUAUUUUCACCAGACUAGGAUUGCUGUUCUCAGAGGUCAUGCUACAUCUGUGAGAGACUUGGCGUUUUCAUUAGAUGGUACUCACCUGGCCUCUGCCGCUUUAGAUGGGGACAUCAAAAUCUGGGCAGCUGACAAGGGAGCUCAGGUUGGACAUAUUAAAGGUCAUUGUGGGCCCAUCAGCAAGUUAAUAUUUUCUCCUACUGGCAAGGAGUUAAUAACUGCCGGAGAAGAUCAUCAAAUUAAGGUCUGGUCUGGAGAUCUUGGCAUUCCUAUACACAAGAUCCACACAGAAAAGCAUGGGGCAGCUGUUUCUGUUAGUAUCUCACCUAAUGGUCUCACAGUAGCUGUUGGCUACCAUCAGGGGCUAGUUCGUACCUAUGACAUCAACACUGGUGUGAAAAUAUUUGAGAACAACUUAUGCAAGUGUGCUGUUAGAGCGGUCGCAUUUUCUAAAGAUGGAGCUUAUAUUUUGGCUGGAUCUGAUGAUACCACUAUUCAGGUAUUAAACAGUGGCCAAGGAUCCAGGACAUGUACUCUGUUGGGUCACAGCAAGCCAGUACUGUGCAUAGAGACAAGCAAGUCUUAUGUGGCUAGUGGCAGUGAGGACUUUACUUGUUGUUUGUAUGAGAACAUCAGACAGCUCAAGAGCUCUAAGCAGUCACAACCCACGACCAAGUUGACAGGUCAUUUGGGUCCUGUAACUUCCUGCACAUUCAGUCCUGAUGAAACAAUGCUGGCUACAUCAAGUCGUGAUGCAAGCAUCAGAAUUUACAUUCUACGUGAUGUAUUUAUCAGUGAUGUUCCCCAGCCUACACAUGUACUGACAGCUUGUCAUGCUGACUGGAUUAAUUCUUGCCAAUGGUCAAAUACUGGAAACUACCUGGUGACAGCUUCCAAUGAUUUCAAUUUGAAGAUUUGGGACAUGAAAAGUUUCACAUCAAAACAGAUAUUAUCGGGCCAUACUUCAGCAAUCAAUACAGUGUCUAACAAGUAUGGAUGCAUAGUGUCAGGAAGCAGUGAUGGCCUGGUUAAAGUUUGGUCUCACAAAGGAGUGCUGAUCACAACUUUGGCAGGUCACUCUCUGAGGGUAAAUGCCUGCGAUAUGUUUGUCAAGUUUAACAAAGAGCCUGAUGUGGCUGAUGAGCCUUCUCAAAGCUGGGCAGAGAUCUGUUCCAUGGAUGCCAAGCCUGAGGUAAAGAGAUCAGUCGAGCACCAGAAGCAAGUCAAUGUACAAGAUGUUUUAGUUGUCUCAGCUGGUGAUGAUGGAGACGUUUGGAUUUGGAAACCUUUACAGUGCCACAGCCUGGCAUCCUUGACUGGUCACUCUGACCGUGUCCUGUCCAUCCAGGCAGACAAACACAACCACAUCAUCAGCUGUUCUCUGGACCAGACAGUGCGUCUGUGGCAGCCCAACCUGAGGGAUGAGAUCAACCUGUCCAAGCAUGACGCCCCCAUCACCUUUAUUGAUGUGUCAUCUACAGGAGAGAUGGCCAUUUCUGGCAGUCGAGAUGGCAUUGUAAAAAUUUGGCAGAAAGAUAACAGCAACCAGUAUAAAAUGAAACUUAGUUUUCAGGCCCAUGAAAAAUCUGUUAACUGUGGCACCUUUGACUACAAUAAAUCAGACUUUUUCUUUACUGGUGGUGAUGACAACAUCAUUUAUUCCUGGGAGAUAAAAGUCAGAAAGGGUGGAUUCUUUGUGAGAAAACAGCUGAGCAAGGCGACACAAUCACCUGUUUCAUGUCUUAUAAGUAUGCAAAAAUGUGGUGACAUUAUGUACACUACAUGGGAUGGUGACUUUCAUCAAAUUGAGGGAGGCAAAUUUUACAGGGUUCAAAAAGACCGUAAAUACUUUGAAACUUGGAUUACAUGUCUCGUUUUAGACUCAAGAAAUUAUUAUUUUGGUACAACGACAGGUUGUAUGUAUGAAACAGAUGAAGUGAGACAUGAUACUGACCCCUUUUUUAAGCAUGACCCUAAGAGGGAUGGUUUUUAUUGGAUUCACUCAAUUGCUGCCUCCAAAGGAAAAGUUUUUGCAGGAACUUCACUUGGCUACAUCAUUGUAAACCAAGACGAUACUUUUAUACCAUACUUUCAAUUGAAAAUUCACAUGCAAGCUAUAACAGCAGUUGCUGUGCUAUUGGAUGUGCUAGUCACUGCAUCUGCUGAUAGUACAAUCAAGAUUUGGUAUUUCACCAACAACUACAGUGAUGGGCUCACUCAGGUUGGGCAGUUCUUUAGUCCAUACCCUGUUUGUAGUUUGAGAAUUGGUUACUCCCUGCAGGAAGCAGACAAAGUUUUGUCUCUUAUGCUGCUGGCAGGUGACCAGCUUGGAAAUAUCCAUCAGCUUUUGUGGAAGCCAUAAUUUUUGUAGCAAGUUCAAUUAACUUGGUUUGAUUUCAUUUUCACAUGCAGUUUACACAGCUACCAUUACAUAAUUGUAGUUGUGUGAAUAUUUUCUUAUUUGGUGUUAAAAAAAAAAGAAAUUUAAAAAAUUGUUUUAUAAUUACUGUAAUUUCCAUUCUAAUCAUUUUUUUUCAAUACAUAUUAAUGAAAAUGAUCAAAGUUCAUUUAAAUGGAAAAUUGGUCCAUUCCAAAAUUUGUUCAUACUGGUAUUAAGUACUUUUGUAAUGCAGGUUAAAGUUUUUUUUAUAAAUUAUUUUAUUUUGUUGUUAUACUGCUAAUAGUAUUUGAUUUUGUAAUUUAGAUAGCAUACAUUAUCUAUUUUUCAUGACUUUAUACUGCUUGUAGUUUGUUUCAGUUAACUAAUUGCAAUUUUUUAAUUUGUGAUUUUACUUUGUGAUUUACCUUACAAAUCUGUAAAUAUAGCCAUGUUUGAUGGCAAUGGAAGUGUGAUUUUUUUUUUCUCUCAAGGGUACUCAUCAAUUCUACUGACACAUGUGAUUUAUUAACCUUAAUGUUGAUUAAAAUGUUUUGUUAGGAAUACAUUUUGUGAUAUCUAUAAACCUAUAUAUACUUUAAUGUCAAUUGAUGCAAUACUAAUAUUUUCCAUCAAAUAAUUCAAUUUUUUUAUACAUUUGUAUUUACACAUGCUUUUUUUUCUUCUAUUUUCACUAUCAAUAUAAUUACUCUUUAGGUUUGUUCAGUACAAUUUGGUUAAGAUGACUGCUAUGUAUCUUAUCAGACUGUAUCAGCUAAAUAAGCUCAAUGUUAUUGUUCUUUUUGGUUUUAAAUCUUGUUUAAUUUCUGUUAAUUUCCAUCAUUUGUAUUCUUGUUUAGUUAAAACUGCCUAUAUUUUAUAAAAUACCAAUAUUAACUUGUAAAUUCUAUUUUCUAUUAAAACGUUCUACUAUAAUGGUAGUUUCAAGUAUUUGGAUUACUCAAUCAAUUAAAAUAUUAGCAAAUCAAUUAUACUGAUUAAAUACUAUUUUUUGCAUUUUUUUGCAGUCUACUAGCUUGUAUUUACCACUUUUUUUGGAAGAUUUGAAUAGUUUGACAGUUAUAUUUUAAUAAAUAAUAAAUAGCACUAAAUUCCUACUAAAGCACCAUGAAAUUCAGAAUAUUUUCCCAUAUAACAUUUUUUUUUAUAUUUAAAAUAAAAUUGUUUUUACAAAAUAUUUUGUUUCUUUUAUUUACUUUUUUAAAGUAAUCUUAUAAUUUUAUAAGAUAACUCAAUUGAUUAUAAAGCUUACAUAGUAAAAUAAAUUGCAUGAUACAAAUAUAUUGCUUGCUGGGGUAUAUGUAAUUAUGUU